AUGGGAUUGGCUAUUGGAUCGAUGGAGGAUGUUGUCGUCAAGGUCAACGGUAUUGAGAAGGGUCACCCUCUCUACGAGCGCCUUGUGGCCAUUGUCAAGAAGACGAAAAGCAUGUCCUGGUGGAGGAAGAAAAGCGUUCAAACAAUUUCCUCUGGACAGAUCAUGGAUGGCCUCAUGGGAACUGACAAAGAUCAGUGUCCUACAUAA